ACUCCUCUUGCUCAUCAUGUCUGGCCGCGGCAAAGGCGGGAAGGGUCUUGGCAAAGGCGGCGCUAAGCGCCAUCGUAAAGUAUUGCGCGACAAUAUCCAGGGCAUCACCAAGCCGGCUAUCCGGCGCCUUGCUCGCCGCGGCGGCGUGAAGCGCAUCUCCGGCCUCAUCUACGAGGAGACUCGCGGGGUGCUGAAGGUGUUCCUGGAGAACGUGAUCCGGGACGCCGUGACCUAUACAGAGCACGCCAAGCGCAAGACGGUCACCGCCAUGGAUGUGGUCUACGCGCUCAAGCGCCAGGGCCGCACCCUCUACGGUUUCGGUGGUUGAGCGUCCUUUUCUAUCAACAAAAGGCCCUUUUCAGGGCCCCC